AUGUCCAAAGAUGCCGCAGAUCCAGGCGAACACUACGCAUUCUUGCUGAAGAAAUGCGUCAAGGUCGUAGAAACUUAUGACCCGAAGAAGACAACUAUCGAUGCAUACAUGGAGGAUGCGCCGUUUCUCAAGGACAAGAAGCUGGGGGACACGGAGCUCAAGUUCAUACACCAGGUCUUCUAUGGCUGUAUGCGCUACCACAAAUUCCUCAAGCUUUUUAUCACGAGCUUCAUGUACAAGUGCCCCGCUGCGGCCUUGCGAGCCGAACAGAACAUCUAUUUGGUGCUCGCCUACCUGUUGUUCUUCCGGCUCGAAGAGCUCACUGUUCCGGAGCUUCGCCAGUUUCUACUUUGUGGUUACGGUGCUGCACCAGCGAUCAAUGCCCUGAUGCAGUAUGCCUUGAGUGUCGAGGAGCUCGAGAAAUGGGUCAAGGUAGAGUGGUGCAAGUUCUAUGAUGUCGAUUACGUCGAGCAGGACAUCAUCGGCAAGCUGCAAAGCUUCAAGGAUGAGCUCCAGACGACGAGCGACGAGGUGGAGUUUCGGGCGACGGGCACUGUGAAGGCAGCCGAUGGCACUGCCCUGAUUGCAAAGAGUGAGAAGAAGCUGACCUGCCUCGGGCUCAAGAUGGAGGGGCAACCAGAAGGACCUUCGACAGAUGUCCAGAUCUUCCGCAGAUCUUUGGCGGGAUCUCAGACGAAAUGGCAAGCGGUGGAAGCCAUGCUUCAGCAGGAAACGAAGCAACGCUUCCGACCUCCAAUGCCCGAGCGCCCCCCUUGCAAGCGCUUUUCAAUGGAGGGUGGCUGUCCGUUCGGCAGCAGCUGUACUCAUUUGCAUUCCAUCGACGGGAUUCUGGAUGUCCGGGAUGGACCUCUAGAAUCGUGUGAGGCAGCAGAAGCUGCUCCGAAGGUUUUCUUGCACAAGAUGGAGGACCGCAAAGUGGGCAGGGGAUCUGUCUCACUGCUUGUCCGUACCCUGGCCACAGGCGGUUUUCUGACGGUGGACCGACCCGAACAUGCUGACCUCCUCCUGUCCAACGCUUUUCCUUCUGUAAGUCUCCUUUCAAAGCUUCGUCCGGGGUGCACGAUCAACCACUGGCCAGGUGAGUACGAGUUGUGCAGCAAGGACCGUAUGGCCAGACUGUUGAGAGGAUUGCCUUUCUGUCCCUCAACUUAUAUCUUGCCGCAUGAGUGGCCGCAAUUGGCUUCAGAGUGCAGCGACAUGAAAGAGGCGCUUUGGAUCUCGAAGCCUUGCCAGCUCGGGGAAGGGCGGCACAUUCAGAUUUGGAGGAGCACUGACCUCGCAAACCUGUGGCAGAGCAGUGGGGACGCCUUCGGUCCCUUGGGCUCAUGUGUCGUCUCACGCUACAUCCCGAAUCCGUUGCUGGUGGAGGGCCGAAAAAUUGAUGUCAGAGUCUAUGCGAUGGUGACGAGUUUGCAGCCACUUGAGGCGUUUGUGUUCCGGGAAGGCCUUGUGCGAAUUUGUGGUGCGACGUACGACAGGAUUACUUUUCAGGACCUGAGCGCGCACGUAAGCAACAAUGCUGUGCAGACGAAGGCCAGUCGACAUGCGAGUGGUCGAAACUUGACUUUGCAGCAGCUGUGGGACUCGAUUGGCCAUGAACAUCAUCGAGUUCGAUGUGGGGCACUCAGCCUGCAGGAGAGAACGAAGCAUGACUGUUACAGCCUUUUGGCCUUCGACCUUCUGAUCGAUGAUCUGGGCAGCGUAUGGAUCCUCGAGGUGAAUUCGAAGCCAGCCCUUCAUGCGCAGAGCCCGUCCCUCAAGGCCAUCUUUCCGGUCCACUUCGCGGUCAAGGCAAACCUCUUGGCUGACCUGUUCUGCAUGGUCGGACUUCCCUCCAAGCACGGCCAGACCCCUUCGAAUGCGGCGUUUGGAGGAGAAACGCUGGGCUUUGAGAGGCCUCGACUGAUCCCGGAACCAGACGUGAUCAGCCGCCAAGUCAAGGCUCAGCCAGUUCCCACCUCGAUCCACAAGAACAGCCUCAACAAGGUCGAGGAGCAGAAGAAGAAGAAGCUGCAGGAAGAGAAGGAGAAGGUGCUCGCCAAGUACGACGAAGCUGAUCAUUUCAAUCUGGAAACAGCGAGUCGUCGUGACCACGAAGCUGCCUUCGAUGACCUGAAGAAGCAGGUGGAAAGUGAGCGCAUGGCGGAAUGCACUUUCUUCCCCAAAACGGAGAAGAGACUUGACAGCGUCGGUGUUCCAAGCCAGAAGCCACUUGUGCGUAGAGAUGUUUGGAGUAUUGGUGGUUGA